AUUGGAUCCCGUGCGUUGAUCGCUCGCUUCUGGCUGAUUUUUUUAAUUUUUUUAUUUGUUUUGAAUUUUGGAUUUUUCGGCCAGUGACUGUGUUGUGUGUGAAUGAAUUUUUUUGGUGUGUUGUGACUUGUGACAUAUUUUCAAAAAUGAAUGGGGUGGCCAAUCCUCCAUUCAACAUGUCUAUAAUAGACUCGUACAAGCGAUUUAUGGAGCGGAACAGCGACCCUCGAACAGAAGAGUGGACACUAAUGUCAGGCCCCGGACCCCUACUGACCAUCUUGGCCACAUACGUUUACUUUUGCACGUCAGUGGGCCCUCGCUACAUGAGGGACCGGAAACCCUAUGACCUCAAGAACACCAUAGUUGUGUACAAUGUGUCACAAGUGCUGAUGUCUAUAUUCCUGGUUUAUGAGGGUUUAGUAUCCGGAUGGUGGGAUGACUAUAACUUCUCUUGCCAACCAGUGGACUAUUCGGAUUCGCCCAAAGCAAAAAGGAUGGCAGCAACAGUAUGGUGGUACUUCAUGGCAAAAAUCAUCGAACUUCUGGAUACCAUUUUCUUUGUGUUGAGGAAGAAAAAUAGGCAAAUAUCCUUCUUGCACCUGUACCAUCAUUUUAUGAUGCCCAUUUGUGCCUGGAUUGGGGUGAAAUUCUUGCCAGGAGGCCACGGGACGCUCUUAGGCGUCAUCAACUCCUUCAUCCAUAUCAUCAUGUACACCUACUACCUGAUUUCGGGGCUGGGCCCUCAGUAUCAGAAGUACCUGUGGUGGAAAAAGCAUGUUACUACAUUGCAAUUGAUCCAGUUCUGCAUUAUUUUCUACCACAAUUUCUCAGUCAUGUUCGGCGAUUGCAACUACCCGAAGGGUAUCAACUUUUUGCUCUCAUUAAACGCUGGUCUCUUCUUGUACAUGUUCGGAAACUUUUAUUAUCAAAACUACGUUAAAAUAAACAGAAAACCUGUUCAAAAUGGAGACGUCAAAAAAGAAGUUAAAAAUGUAGAUAGCAAUGUAAAUAAUGAUCACGUUAAACUAACAAGUGAAGUAAAUGAAGUAGAUACAAAAACUAAUGUUACCGAAGGAAAAAAGGAUUGCUAGCGAAUACUUAUUAAGUAAGGAUACAGUUUGUGAUGCUAUGUUAAUAUUACUUCGUUUUAUUACUUAGUCUAAUAAAAUUAAGGUAAAAGGAGAACAUGGUGGAGAUUUAAAUUAAUUGUACAGUCAGUAUAUGGAGAUUUGAAUAUCCCAUUUAUCGUAACGAGGUUUUAUUUUAGACAAUUUUAUUUUGUGAUGUUUGAAAUAUAUGCGUAGUUUAAGUCUAAUUAUAUUUUAAGUCUAAUUUUACUUUCAGAUUUGCUCAAUUUAUAUAUGACAUCGAAAUUAUUUAUUUAUGAAUUGUGUUGUCUUAUUUGUUUUAUAAUGAUAAGAAAGUAUAACUAUUUGCAAAAAUUAAAUAACAUAACAAAUAUUACAUUUAAAUCUGAACAAAUACUAUAGCACAAUGCGUAUUUUUGUUAUUGAUAUUGUACGUAUUACUAGUAUUUUUUGUAUGACUAAAAAAAGCCAUUUUAGCGAAGACAAAACUAUUUGUAAUAUUUCAAUCAUGUUGUAUGUUUAAAAAGUCGCAUUUAUAGUUAUAGAGACGGACCCAGAUAACUUUGCACAUAGUUUGUAGUGACAGAGUGUGGAAGUACUCCGAAUAAAUGGGAUUUUGUUCCAUAUUUUUUAAUAGCCUAUUUUGAGAUCCCACUGCUGAGCAAAAGCCUCCCAUUUCUUCCACCACUCAUCACAUUUUGGUACAUGUUCCCACCGGCUGCAAAAUCUCUUAUCGUUUCUUUUCUGGUAUCUGCCCCGGCUAACCUGCGGUGUCAAUUCGGUAGCCAAUUUGGCCCACCGCUAUCGAUCGAUUUUUUCGUCCCAUUAAAAUAUGAAUUUUAGAGUGUCACUUCUACGCUUUGUUAUUUCAUAGCCUAUACAGAGUUAGCUUCUAGAAUCUAGAUGGACGGCUAAUAUUGUGUCACACUUAAUUGAUGCAGGUUAUAGUCAAAACCUACUAUAGUCUGCUUUUUAACUAUAGUAGUAGUUGUAGUACUAAUAAAUAACUAUCGCAACAGCUAACUACUGUUCGUAAAUCUUACUGCAAUCACAUAAAAUACGUAUAUCAAUGGUCAAGUGUGUUGCUUUUUGAUCUCUAUGAAAUGUGUUUGUGGCUUUUUUAUUGGCUAAUUCAUUGACUAUAAGUGCGACUAUAUGAGUAUAGAUGAAAUCAUUUCAAAUACAAAUGGGACUUAGAGAAAUGAUGCCAAAUUGAUUCAAGCGAUGUUUGUAUCUUUAUUCCGUAUCAAUGUAUUCGUUUGGUUACAGUAUUGCUUAAAAAUAUCAGAAAACAAUACGUAAUUUGUUCAAACGUACGGCGAUACCAAUAAAUUAGGAAAUGGUGAAUAAAUAAUUAUCAAUUGUU